AUAAAUACGAAGAGCACCAAAGGGCGGGUGGAGAGGGAGAUAGAGAGAGAGAGAGUGGAGAUGGAGGAAGUGAAGAAGAGGAAGCUAGACGAAGGUGCAUGGAAUGGUCAAGUGGAUUCAAGCAUAUCACCUCCAGCAGCCGAAGAAUUACGCUCUCUGCUUGACCCGCUACCCAAACCGCAGCUCGUUGAUCUCCUCGCUAAGCUGGGGUCACAAUAUCCUUCAAUUGCUGAAGAAAUUAAAAAUGUUGCAAGAGCAGAUCCUGCCCUUCGAAAGCUUUUUGUUCGUGGUUUAGCUUGGGAUACUUCUUCAGAAACUUUGUGUGCUGCUUUUGAAGAGCAUGGUGAAAUUGAGGAGGGUGCAGUCAUUUUUGACAAAGCAACUGGAAAAUCUCGUGGCUAUGGCUUUAUUACCUUUAAAGACAUGGAAUCAGCUCAGAGAGCUCUAAAAGCACCUAGCAAAAUGAUUGAUGGUCGCAUGGCAGUUUGUAACCUGGCAUCUGAAGGCUUAAGCAGCUCUAGUAUUACACCUGACCAAGCCCAGAGGAAGCUCUACGUUGGGGGUUUAUCACCAGAAACGACUACUGAGAUGCUGCUCAACUUUUUCAGAAGGCAUGGUGAUAUAGAGGAGGGUUCAGUCGCAUAUGACAAAGAUACAGACAAAUCUCGUGGUUUUGGUUUUGUCACCUAUAAAACAGUGGAGUCCGCAAAGAAAGCUAUAGAUGAUCCACAAAGGAUGCUCGGGGGUAGGAAUAUUACCGUGAAACUUGCUGACAACUACAAGGGCAAGGUAACUCAAGUGCAGGCACCAGCAGCAAUGGUUCCAGUACCGUUAGCAAUGACGCCUGGGUACCUGCAAACUCAAAAACCACCUGGCUCUGAAGCUCCUGUUGGCUACACUUAUCCUCAGUCUAUGGCCGCCUACCCAAACGCCACAUAUUCAAGUCCACUAGCUGUACCUUCUCCAUAUCCCGUGCAACCUCAAAUUCCAUAUCCUCAAUAUGCUGCUCAAUAUGCUGCCAAGAGAGAUCCUCCUCCAACGCUUCCCUCAUUCGGGGGUUAUCCAUACUACAUGCCAAAGCCAUAGUCGAGGAUUUGACAAACAAUGGAUGUUAAAGAUAUCUCAUGUCAUUAUUAAACUUCUGUAGGUGUAUCAUUUUAGAAUACUUGUCCAUUAGAGGAUGCAAACUUUAAAUAGCUGGAUUUAGUGGAGGCAAUUCUUAGUAGUAGGAAAUAAUUUUAUCUGAAAGCUUUUGAUGGUAGAUCAUUGAUGUCAACUCUGCCAAUGAUAAUUUUUUGCAGGUAUUGUUAA